UUUUCUUAAUUCGCCUUCUUUCUUUUUGUCUUUUAUAUAUAGCUUAUAUUAGAGUUUAAAUUGUGUACAUCGAUGAAUUUUACAUCAUCAAGUCAUUUUUACAUGUUGUAGCAUAUUAGCUUAUUUUAUUUUUAAGAUUACAAAUUUCACAUUUUAAGCUUACCUAUAGAUAUUCUUUAGUCGACAUUACAUUGAGAAAAUAUAGUCUCAUUGAAAUUCUAGGCGACUAGACUUUACAACCUAUUUCUUCCGCGUAUAAUCAGUUUUAUGCAAAAAUUUAAAUACUUACAUAAUUAUAUUGUUGGUGCAUAUAAUCUAUUUAGAUGAUUUUAAUGUCUUUUUAUCUACAAGUAAAUCUUGUUAACAAUGCAUUGCUAGCAUACAUGACUCUCUUAUCAUUAAUUCACCUUUUACUUUGUUAUUAUCAUUAAUCUCCGAAAUUAAGAUAGAUGUUGUCUCGAUUACACGUGAAGAACCUAGAGAAUGAAAACGAUAGAAAAAGGAAGCGAUUUUCUUCUUAAAUGAACUCUUCAAUUCUUUCGUCAUGUGCAUGUGGUAGCUCUAAAUAAACUUCAAAAUCAACCAAAUUAAAUGGACAUGUCAAUGGCGUAAAUUAAAGUUCUUGCCAAACGAGUAAUAGGGCCAUCUUUUAGCCUUUUAAUUUUAUGUGAAUAGGUUCUUUGAAUUAUUGUAUGAAAAAUUAAUGAAUCUAUAAAAUUAGACAACCUCGUACAUGUGAUGACUACCACACAAUUUGUAUCAUAUAAGACUGUCUUAUUCACAACGUCUUUCUUGGCUUGUAACUUUCUACUUGCUGAACAUGUACACCUUAUGGAUUAUCAUAGUUCCUCUUUUGCCAUUUCUGAAAUCUAUACCGACCUCUUAUUUUGUUUUUGGACGUAUUUUAGAUAGGCCACUCACCAAUUGUUUUAAUGUCUAUCUCUACCUUUUGAUUUCACCAUAUACAGUAGAGAGAGAAGACAUGGCAAAAGGAAGUUACGAGAAGGCCAUUGUUUCACUCCAGAACCUCCUCAGGUUUGGACCAUCUGAGAAGGAAGAACUGAAACCGGUUGUAGCAGAAAGAAUUGAUGAAAUCACAACUGAGUUACAAACGACAGGCUGCAAUUCCUUCGACCCUGUUCAAAGGAUCAAGACGGGCUUUUAUUAUUUCAAAACAGAGAUAUAUGACAAAAAUCCAGAAUUGUUUGAGAAACUCAAGAAAGGACAGGAACCCAAGUUUCUUGUGUUUGCCUGCUCCGAUUCACGAGUGAGCCCAUCUCAUGUGCUGAAUUUUCAGCUCGGUGAAGCUUUUAUGCUUCGAAACAUCGCCAACAUGGUCCCUCCUUAUGACAAGACUAAAUACUCGGGAGUAGGAGCUGUAAUCGAAUACGCAGUUGUUCAUCUUAAGGUAGAAAACAUUUUAGUCAUUGGCCAUAGUGCAUGUGGAGGUAUUAAGGCUCUUAUGGAACUCCCAGAAGAUGGUUCUGAAUCAACUGACUUUAUAGAGGAUUGGGUGAAAAUUGGAUUGCCUGCCAAAGCAAAAGUACUAGCUGAACACGGGGAUAAAACUUUUAAAGAGCAAGUCAAAUAUUGUGAGAAGGAAGCUGUGAAUGUAUCACUAGCCAAUUUGCUUACGUACCCAUUUGUGAGCGAUGCUUUGGUGAAUAAGACUUUGGCAUUGAAGGGAGGUUACUAUGAUUUCAUGAAAGGAAGAUUUGAGCUCUGGGGACUCAACUUCGGUCUUUCUGAUCCUUGUUAUAUAUAAACUCAAUACACCAUAUUCGGGCGGGAGAAGAUACCUCUUGUUCUUGCUUUUUCUUGUUGUAUUCGUCAUUUAUGAGUGCUAGUUUGAAUUUCUGAAUAAAUAAAAGAGAGAGUGGACAAAGAUUCUCCAUCUUAUGGUUUAAGAGAAUAGUUGUGAUUUUUAUUUGUGAUAAUAACUCUGCUCUGCAUAGAAAAAUAAUGUAUGAUGAUAACUUUGCUCUACUAGUUCUGAAAGUGUGGUCACAAUAA